AUGGACGACUCGGCAAAGGUGCUCAGCGAGGCCCUCAAUGUGGUCAAGGUGCAGCUUGUCCAGAUGAAGAGGUGCCUGGAUGCUGACCAGGUCAUGGAUGCCCUCAAGAGCGCAUCGACCAUGCUCGCAGAGCUUCGCACCUCGUCGCUCUCGCCAAAGAACUACUACGAGCUCUACAUGGCGGUGUUCGAUGCCCUCCGUCACCUGUCCAUCUACCUCUACGAUGCCCACACUACGGGCAAGCACCACUUGGCCGACCUCUACGAGCUGGUCCAGUACAGCGGCAACAUUGUGCCCCGCCUCUACCUCAUGAUCACCGUCGGCAGCGUCUACAUGUCGAUACCCGACGCGCCCAUCAAGGAGAUCAUGAAGGACGUCAUGGAAAUGAGCCGCGGCGUCCAGCACCCCACCCGCGGCCUCUUCCUCCGCCACUUCCUCAGCGGGGCCACCCGCGACCACCUGCCCAUCGGCCAGGACAUGGGCCCGCGCGGCAACCUCCAGGACAGCAUCGGCUUCGUCCUCACCAACUUCAUCGAGAUGAACAAGCUCUGGGUCCGCCUGCAGCACCAGGGCCACUCGAGGGACCGCGAGAAGCGCGAGAUGGAGCGCAAGGAGCUCCGCAUCCUCGUCGGCACCAACCUCGUCCGCCUCAGCCAGCUCGAGGGCGUCGACCUCGACAUGUACCAGCGCACCAUCCUGCCCAGCAUCCUCGAGCAGGUUGUCAACUGCAAGGAUGUGAUCGCCCAGGAGUACCUGAUGGAGGUUGUCAUCCAGGUCUUCCCCGACGACUUCCACCUGCGCACGCUCGGCCCCUUCCUCUCGGCCUGCGCGGCGCUCCACCCCAAGGUCAACAUCAAGCAGAUCGUCAUCGCCCUCAUCGACCGCCUCGCCGCCUACGCCGCGCGAGAGGCCGAAAACGACAGCCCAGAGGAGAUCAAGCGCCAGGAGGAGGAGGCGAGCAGGAGGCUCGCCGAAAAGACGCGGCAGAUGCGCAUGACGGGCCAGUCGGCCGGGCCCGGAUCGGUGUGGGACGAGGUGUCGGCCCAGGGCGACCCCAAGGACAAGAAGGCCGACAUCGCCGAGCCGGCCUCGCCGCCGGCGGGCCAGAGCACCGCCACCUCGGCGGAGCCGACCUUCGCUGGGGUGCCCGAGGGUCUUGGGGACGACGGUUGGGGCGAUGCCGGCGGAAGCGCAAGCCAGGACUGGGCCAGCAGCACCGACGGCAACACCGAGGCCUCGAGCGCCCGGCCAUCGCAGAGCACAGAUGCCACCUCGGAGGCCGACAGCUCCAAGGCGGGCCAGGAGAUGCGCUCGGACGCCUUCCCCUCGGCUAGCCUCGAACCUGCCGCUGCCGCUGCGGCUGCCGCUGCGUCCGAUGCCAAGGCCAAUGGCGACGCUGGGGCCAACGGCCAUGCGACCAACGGCGCGGCCCCUGCCCCCGCUCCCGCCGCCGCUGCGCCGCCGAAGCCGGUCGGCAAGUUCCGUGGCAUCCCCGAAGACGUUCGCCUGUUUGAGGUUUUCUGGGAGCAGAUCGUCCAGCUGAUCCGUGCCCGGCCUGACCUCUCGGUGCAGGACAUCACCGCGCUCCUCGUGUCGCUGGCCAACCUCUCGCUGAGCUGCUACCCGGACAAGCUCGACUACGUCGACCAGGUGCUGGCCUUUACGCGCGAAAAGGUGCUCGAGUUUGAGCAGAGCCCGGACCUGCACAGCGCGGCGACGACGAGCAACCUCAACUCGCUGCUGCUCUCGCCGAUCAACUCGUACCUGACGGUGCUGACGCUGCUGGCGCUGCCAUCGUACCAGGCGCUGCUGUCGGUGCAGCCGUACUCGACGCGCAAGUCGAUCGCCCACGCCGUCGUCAUGUCGGUGCUCAAGAACGAGACGGUGAUGGCCACGCCCGAGGACUACGACCUCGAGGAGAUGGCCGAGGAGCAGGGGUGGAUGGCGCGCAUGGUGCACCUCUUCCGCGCCGACGACCUCGAGACGCAGUUCAGCCUGCUGCAGAUGGCUCGCAAGCACUUUGUCGAGGGCGGCGAGCGGAUCAAGUUUACGCUGCCGCCGCUGAUCGUGUCGGCGCUCAAGCUGGCGCGGCGGUACAAGCUGCGCGAGAGGCGCGAGCAAGGGUGGGAGGCCAAGAUGCUGACGCUCUACAAGUUUACGCACCAAGUCAUCUCGAUCCUCUACAACCGGGUCGAGUCGUCCGAGGUGUGCCUGCGCCUGUUUCUGCUGGCGGCGCAGUCGGCCGACGAGAGCGGCUUCGAGGAGCUGUCGUACGAGUUCUACGUGCAGAGCUUCACCAUCUACGAGGAGUCGAUCAGCGAGAGCCGCGCGCAGCUGCAGGCCAUUGGGCUGAUUAUCUCGACGCUCCAGACGGCGCGCGUGUUUGGCACCGACAACUACGACACGCUCAUCACCAAGGCGGCGCUGCACGGCGCCAAGCUGCUCAAGAAGCCGCACCAGGCCGCCGCCGUCAUGAUGGCCAGCCACCUGUGGUGGCAGACGGAGGUCGUCGGCCGGCCCGCGACCAAGGACAAGCCGCUUCUCCGGGACGGCAAGCGCGUGCUCGAGUGCCUGCAAAAGUCGCUGCGCAUCGCCAACAGCUGCAUCGACGAGCGGAGCACCGUCGAGAUUUUCUGCUCGGCCCUCGACCAGUACCUCUACUACUUUGAGCAACAAGUGGAAGCCGUAGCGCCAAAGUACAUCAACUCGCUCGUCGAGCUCAUCUCAAACGGACUCGACUCGCUCUCUUCGAACCCAUCGUCGCUCGACGAGACACCACCGUCGCACCACUCGAUCCUCUCCACUGGCGCUGGCGGGUUCCUCGAACUGCCGCCCAGCUUGCCUUCCAAGGACGCCUCCGCUGCUGCUGCUGGAACGACGUCGUCGUCGUCGCAGCAGCAGCAGGGUGCGGGGUUGGAAAACGUCAAGAGGCAUUUCGGAGCGCAGCUCGACUACAUCCGAGACAGGAAGGACGUCGUCCUCCGCUGUCUGCGCGAGGAGAGGGAGUGGAACGGCCCCGAUUGGGCUAGUGUUGCCGGCAAUGUCGCGGGCGCUAGGUGGUGA